CCCUCGUCGUAUACUGUUCUCAAGUCAUGUGAACUCGCAUACGGUGCGGACGUGCUGCAGCGUACAUAGUCGUCUGAUUAGGUGUGAAACUAGUGACAGAGGGCCACCGGGAUGACUAGUGUGCUGUGUGGCCGAGCCCGGCUGGUGAUGACCCAGUCGUCAGGGCGUCAGGCCCUAGCUGCACUCAGGUUGGGCUGGAUACGAACCUUCUCAGCUGCUGGUUCUGAUGAGCCUUAUUUUGUCGUGUCACGGGGGGACUCAGACUCAGGCCCUAGGACAGUAUGGCCUGAUGAGAACAUGGGACCAUUCGGCCCCCAGGACCAGCGGUUCCAGUUGCCAGGUAACUCAGGCUUUGACUUUCACCUGGAAGGCAUGGCAGACCAGAGGAUUAAAGGCCCAGUCCACAGGACGGUACCUGAUGUUCUGACUGCUGCUACUAGCAACGAGAGACAUGAGUUUGUAAUGGCCCAGUUUGUCAGCGAGUUUCAGGGCAAAAUUGGUCACAUGUUAUCGAGGAGCGUCCGCAAGGCAGAGCACUACUUUGAUCAGCCCAAUGUGGACUGUUCUAUACAGACCUGUCCUGAGCUGCUGAAGAGAGAGUUUGAAUCCUAUUUCCCCUCGGCCCCAGCCAGCGCCAUCACUGUUGUCACGGUGAAACACACGAGAUGUGAGGUGAUCGACAAAGAAGUGAUCGACAGAGAACAGCUUCUUCACAAAGUGAGUUGGAAUGUCCACUGGUUGUUUCCCAUUGAUAUGGAUUCAGUGAUACUAAUUUCAUUAGUUUGA